UCCUCCGAAACCCAAAUCACCAAAAAGAUCAGAGAAAACCCUUUAAACAUAAUAUAAAAAGAGAGACAUUUAUAAAGAAGUUCGCAGGAAAUGCGGUUUCCGGAAUGCAUUAGUUGAAGCUCAGGAACGAAACCAAGUGAUAAGUAGUGUACUCUACAACGCAAAGGAAGAAACUUUUUUUUGGUGCAAAGGAGAAGUUCGGAAAUGAACGAAGCACCGUUUGAUGAGCAGAGCGACGUUGUUUCAAACACCAAGAAGAAGAAAUCCGACGACGACAAUGACCAUUUGGUAGUCGCUGUUACAACUCCAACUUCUACCCAUCACCGGACUCGAUCUCAAGCUACGACUCGGCGCAUCACUCCCACGACUACCUCUACACCCUUUGUGACCGUCGAUUCCGGUGCUACCUUAGAGAAACUCCUACCCAACGGAGAUUUGUACAUUGGUACUUUCUCCAGCAACGCGCCUAACGGAUCGGGAAAGUACCUCUGGAAAGAUGGGUGCAUGUACGAAGGCGAGUGGCGUCGAGGGAAAGCUUCCGGGAAAGGCAAGUUCUCUUGGCCUUCUGGAGCCACUUUUGAAGGAGACUUCAAGUCGGGUCGGAUGGAAGGACUCGGGACUUUCAUUGGACCCGACGGCGAUACGUACCGUGGGUCGUGGAGCUCCAAUUGGAAACACGGUUACGGUCAUAAACGUUACGCCAAUGGGGAUUACUACGAAGGAUCGUGGAAGAAAAACCUACAAGACGGGCACGGCCGUUAUGUUUGGAGUAACGGGAAUGAAUACGUCGGGGAAUGGAAAAACGGCGUUAUUUCCGGUCGUGGAACCCUAUUUUGGGGAAAUGGAAAUCGGUACGAAGGACAAUGGGAAAACGGAGUCCCCAAAGGAAACGGGAUUUUAUCCUGGCCUGGCGGGAAUUGCUAUAUCGACGCUUGGAACGAAGAGAACAUGAAGAAGUUCCAACAGUUGAACGAAGGGCAAGAGCAUUGUCUAAAGGGAGGAGAGAGUUUGGUGGUUAUGUCGAGGAAGAGAUCGUCGGUCGACGGUCGGGGAAGCAUCGGCGAAAGGAACAUGAAUUUCCCGAGGAUUUGUAUAUGGGAAAGUGACGGUGAAGCAGGUGAUAUUACUUGUGAUAUAAUCGAUAACAUGGAAGCUUCAAUGAUUUACAGUGAUGGGUUUAGGCCAUUUAGAAGAAAUCCUCGUUGUUUUAGUGGGGAAAUCAAGAAGCCUGGACAAACUAUUUCCAAAGGCCAUAAGAAUUACGAUUUAAUGCUCAAUUUGCAAUUAGGUAUCAGGCAUUCUGUUGGUAAACAUGCUUCAGUAUUGCGUGAGUUGAAGCAUGGUGAAUUUGAUCCCAAAGAGAAGUUCUGGACGAGGUUUCCUGCAGAAGGAUCAAAGCUUACGCCGCCUCAUCAAUCCGUUGAGUUCCGAUGGAAGGAUUAUUGUCCCAUGGUGUUUAGACAUUUGAGAGAGCUAUUCCAAGUUGAUCCUGCCGACUACAUGCUAGCUAUUUGCGGGAAUGAUGCCCUGAGGGAGCUUUCUUCUCCGGGGAAGAGUGGAAGUUUCUUUUACCUUACUCAAGAUGACAGGUUUAUGAUAAAGACGGUAAAGAAAUCAGAAAUCAAGGUCCUUCUGAGGAUGCUUCCAAGUUAUUACCAACAUGUUACUCGGUAUCAAAAUUCCCUUAUGACAAAGUUCUAUGGUGUGCAUUGUGUCAAACCUAUCAGUGGCCAGAAGACCCGGUUCAUUGUAAUGGGCAAUUUGUUCUGCUCCGAGUACCGAAUCCAUAGACGGUUUGACCUUAAAGGCUCCUCCUAUGGUCGCUCAGCUGAUAAGCCUGAGGAGGAAAUUGAUGAAACCACAACCUUAAAAGACAUGGAUCUCAAUUUUGUAUUUCGCAUCCAAAGAAAUCGGUUCCAGGAGCUUGUGAAGCAAAUUGAUCAAGAUUGUGAGUUCUUGGAGGCUGAAAGAAUUAUGGAUUACAGUCUUUUGGUUGGACUACACUUUCGUGAUGAUAAUAGAGGUGAUAAAAUGGGGUUAUCACCAUUUCUAUUGCGCACUGGGAAAGAUGGUUCAUAUCAAAAUGAAAAGCUUAUGCGUGGUUGUAGAUUCCUUGAAGCGGAGUUACAAGACAUGGAUCGGAUUUUAGCUGGCCAGAAACCACUAAUUCGGUUAGGAGCGAACAUGCCGGCAAGAGCAGUACGGAUGGCUAGAAGAAGCGACUUUGAUCAGUAUACUCAUGGUGGAGCCGGUCACUCUUCAUACAAUGGUGAAGUUUGUGAAGUGGUCCUAUACUUUGGAAUCAUUGAUAUCUUACAAGACUACGACAUCAGCAAGAAAAUAGAGCAUGCAUACAAAUCCCUACAAGCUGAUCCUACUUCCAUAUCGGCCGUCGAUCCAAAACACUACUCAAAGAGAUUCCGGGACUUCAUAGGAAGAAUUUUCAUAUCAGACCGGUAACUUCGUGAGAAGACAAAUUGACUGCAACCAUGCCUGGGAAUUUCACAUCUCCUGCGUGACACUUAAAGCAAGUCUCCAAGUGUAAAUUUGUGGAGAGCAUGCCGAUAGCAGCGAGUGUUGGAGGAAAUGCCAAUGGCAGCAACUCAUGAUGUUUGAAUUGCAUACUCUUGUGCAUAUGCUAAUUAUUUCUGUUGGGGUGAAUUUUUUGUGGUAAAAGAGUAAUGUGAAUUGUGAAGACUUGGAAGAAAUAGUACAGAGAAUCAAAGUGGGGAAGCUUUGGAAUAAGAUAACUGUACAGCCUAUAGAAACUAGAUAGGAUGGAAGGUUGAUGGGAUUUCAUGAUUUGUUUCCCCCUUCCUUCUAAUGUAAUGUGGGAGAGAAAAAUAUUUGAAGGCUCUAUGGAUCAAAAUCUUUCUUUUUUACCUGUUGUUGAA